AUGUCUCGCAUACUGACCGACAAAAUCCGCAUCGAGCCUGAGCAAACCGAACCCGAAGACCUUUUCCAAUCCUCCCUCUCCGCCCUCUUCCCCGACGAUAUUCAAAAUCAACACGGCGACAAAGAUCAACACAUCAUCUACACCUCCCCAACUCUCGGCGAGAUAGUUCUCGAAUUAUCCUCUCCCCUUGGCGAAAAGGGAAGGUUGUUAUUCGCGCAUUACCUCUGGAACGCAGGAUUACAACUCGCCGAAUUUUUUGAAGAAGGGGAUGGAAAGCGAGGAGGCAGAGAACGAUGGGAAGUCACAGGCGAGAGAGUUUUAGAGGUUGGUAGUGGGACGGGAUUAGCAGGCAUAGUGACUGCGUUGAUGGGAGCAGAAGAAGUGGUUUUAAGUGAUUAUCCGGACGAAAAUGUGCUUGCAAAUCUAAAGAAGAAUGUAGCGAAGAAUAUUGAGACGAACGGGUUUGGGGAUGUGAAAGUACAGGGGCAUGAGUGGGGAGUGUUGACCGAUGAAUUUUCGAUGGGGAAUAAAGAGAGCUUUAGUAGGGUGAUUGCAUCGGAUUGUUUGUGGAUGCCGUGGCAGCACGAGAACCUUUUGAAGUCGAUUAGGUGGUUUUUGAAGGAAGAUGGGCGGGCUUGGAUUUGCGCAGGAUUUCACACCGGCCGGGAACUAAUGCGUGGGUUCUUCGAAGAGGAAAAGCUGACAGCAGCUGGCUUGGAGAUAGAAACAAUAUAUGAGAGAGAUGCUAAUGGUGUCGAGAGAGAGUGGGUUGCAGAUAGAGGAGCAGAAGAUCGAAAUGCAAUCGCCAGAAAGCGAUGGCUGGUAAUUGCUAUCCUGAAGAGACGAUAA